AUGAUACUGCCAAGCUUUACAAUUGUGAUGCAACUCCUUGCUCUGAUCAUUUUGCAAUCUGCACUACAAGUACCAGCUUCAUCAGACAUCCAGCAGACACGCUAUCUACAACUGCAACCACAACCACAAAACAGCUCUGCUUCUGCAUAUGAUCCCAAUGCUACUGCCACUCCUACAGAUACUCCUACAGAUACAGAUACACCAGCAAACUCAACACGCUCACCAGCACCAACGAAUCAAGUAUCGCCCGGCACCUUUGCCCCCACUCCAACGCCGACAAUACCGGUACCACUGGAAAGUAACUCCACCGCGUGGCCAACUGCGGCAGUCACAAACGACACUUCACAACAACUACCGGUACAUGCCAAUGCCACCAUACGACAAUGUAUUCUAUCCUUGUUUCAAGCCGACUCAAAUGGCGACAAUUAUCUAGAUGCGGCCAACGAAUACAUUCACUGGAUAAACCAGCUCGUGGAAAACGAUAACACCACGGAUCCGUCCUUGCCGGAAGAGACGUUAUCAUUUUCAACACUCACUCCCCCUCUGCAAGAACUAUUCAUCACAUAUGCGGCGACCUAUUCCGAAACAGAUCAUCUCGAUAUUCAUGGCGCAAGACCAGGAACUCUUGUUACAUCGCUACAACAGGGUCAAAGUCUAAAUGACUUGUGUGAGGAGGCAUUGAUCCUCGUGGCAACAAAUCGAAACAACACAAGCACUCAAGAUGGUGCUAGCAACAGCAAUAGCAAUAGCAAUAGCAACGCGACGGAUGCACCAACAAGCGACGUUGUCCGGGGAGACUAUCCAAUCCACGAAAACAUUACAACACGAAACGAAACCGACAGCGUUUUAGAAGCUCUUUCGAGUGCCCUUUUCAAUGAAGGAGGAGUCCCCACUCUUGUCAGUCUCCUGCAGUUGGCAAACUUGACGGAGACUUUAUCCAUCGCAUCCAACAUCACCCUCUUUGCCCCAAGUGACACUGCAUUCAACCAAAUGAAUCCAGAAGAAUUGGCAUUUGUGCAGCUUCCAGAGAACAGGGAGCUUUUGGUUGAUAUCCUCACGUAUCACAUGCUACCUAACAGUAUCCUCCUUUCCACUGACUUUGUGGGAGGAAACAAACUGACUAUGGUGAAUGGGCGGAUCACCACUUUGGGAAUAGACCCCCCGCGAGUCAACGAAGCAGUCGUGAGUACUCCAGAUGUCAUUGCUGCGAACGGUGUGAUUCACGUCAUUGGGAACGUUCUGCUUCCCAACGUGCAAAGUCUCUUCACAGUGCCAGCAAACGACUCGUCCGUGGACGCCGCCGCCGAAGCCCAAAAUGGGACUGAUCCAAAUGCUGGAAACGCCACUGUCGCUGAUGCACCGUCUGCUCCAACAAAUGAGACAAACACCAGCCCAGACGAUAGUACUACGCCCACUGGAUCCAACUCGACGGCCUCCGCUCAAAAUGCCUCUACACCAGCUGGUUUCAACGCCACAGGUCCAAAUGCUACUGUACCAGCGAUUCCCAACGCCACCAACAGCCCCAAUGCGACUUCACCAGCUUUUUCCAGCAAUACUUCAUCAGCUCUGAACACCACUGCGCCGAGUUCAUCACCAACUGUGGCCGGUGCUACGAGUCCCAGUCCCACUGUUGCCCCGACUGACAAUCCCGGGCCAGCCCCCACCACGAGACCCAUGAAUUCUACACCAGCGAAUGUGUGGGAGCUUCUUUUGACGCUGGAGAACAUUAAUUUGUUUCUGAACGGGCUAGAACAAGUCAACGUUGAUAAGCUGCUUAUUGAUACAACCGAAAUCUUCACCGUGUUCGCACCGGUGGACUCUGUGGUUCUACUCAACGAAGAGAUCCAGUUUUUUGUUGACAAUAUCAACACAUGGAGCCAGCACUUGACGGACAUUUUGGAGCAUCAUCUUGUUGCGGGAUCCUCGUUUCUAGCAGCAGAACUUUUCAAUGGAGUUGCGGGGGAUACGUUGACGUCGCUUGCAGGCGAGCCAGUCACUGUGCAGAAUGACACGGUGGGUGGUCAAUCUAUAACGCAAUCGGACCUAAUCUCUGCCAACGGUGUGGUUCACCUGCUGGAUGGGAUCUUGGCCGUGGAUCGGCUCACCCAGAAUCUGGCACAAAUGUUGGAGAGUGGCCUAGGCGUAGCAACGAACCAGCGGCGGUUGCAAGAUGGUCAAGAGUUUGCCAGAGUCGUUGGACUUCUCACUUCCACUGGGCUGAUAUCAGGUCCACGGCUCACGGAGAGAUCCAUAAAUGGUGCAACACUGCUGGCGCCCACAAAUGGUGCAUUUGCGCAGUACCAAGAGGAAGAGAACUCUCGAGAUCUGCUCCUAUAUCAUAUGAUUCCGAGAAAUGUGUAUGCAGAGAUUGAUAGCGGAACCAAGAUGUUGGUGUCGACUGAGCAUCCGACCGCCGACAUGUGGGUGACAGUAGACGAUGCUGGAAUGCUCCAUUUCAAUGGGAAACGGGCAGUGAGCGAAGUGCUUGGUCAAAACGGGGUGUUGCACGUGGUGGAGGAACUACUGGAGCCACCCUCUCUGGUCGAUCUCUUCAGUCUGACCAAUCAUAACAGCAACCUCAACAUUGACAUCAUGAAUGAAUUCCUUCUGGCGUCGGACAGCGAGUUCUGGGAGAGCAUUGGAGCUGAUGGACGCGUAACUUUGUUUGUUCCUGUUGAUGACUACUUGGAAAACAAUACACGCAUUGAAGAUCGAAGUCGCUUAGUGUCACCUCUCUGGAGCCAGCACUUGCGCGAUCUGCUGUCAAAUUUGAUACUGUCACGGCCGUUCUCAAAAGAUGAGUUGCUAGCUGUUGCUUCAAGAGGGGCAACUGUGCUCCCGACAAUUGGCAUGCAAAACUUGACAGUUGAGGUGGACGUUGGAGGCACACUCGCAGUCGGCGAAGGCCGAGUGCUCUAUCCUCCAAUUUCCGCAACCAACGGUAUCGUUCACAUCUUGACCUCGCUCCCCCUUCCUCCAUCCGUAACAAGCUCUGUCAUGGAUCUUCUUCCAUCAAUCUCGAACAAUUCCAACCUAGUGAACAUCAUUUUGGAUGCUGGUCUCGACCGCAUUCUGUCGAGUCUGUCCCCUGUCACGUUCUUUGCACCUGCCGAAGAUUUUUUUGGCAUUCCGACCACUGAGCUUGCUGACAUGAUUGAAAAUCACAUUUUUGAAGGCAUUUUUUACUUCGACGAACUUUUAGGGAUGGACGGGACAGUGAUCACGUCUGUGAACAGCAAAGAGUGGGUCGUUAGUGUAUUGGACAGUUCGGUUUUCCUCCAGGCAGAAAGAGGAAGUUCCGUUGUGGCGAGGCUUGAAACUCCAUUUGACUUGCUCGGGAAUAACGGUGUCCUGCAUCGUGUCGAUGCAUUGCUUUCUGACAUUGGCGCACCACUGACUCCUAAUCCCAAUUCCACUAACCCACCGAAUGCGACAGUGCCGGCACCCACGAGCAGCCCUACUUCCCUCAAUGUAACUCUUCCUACGCGUCCCAAUGUUACCACACCUAAUCCCAAUUCCACUAUCCCACCCACAGUGCCGGCACCUACCAGCAGCCCCACUCCCGUCAAUGCAACUCUUCCCACGCGUCCCAAUGCUACUUCUCCAGCACCAACACCGGCAGCUCAAAACGCAACGUACCACCCCAGCGGCGGUCCGACCAGUAGCCCAACAGUAGGCAGCCCCACCCCUGGUCCAUCGACCAAGCCUCCGCUCAUGCCGGUUGCCACGUUCAGUCCUACAGCAUCUAACGAAUCAUCUGCUGCCCCAACAGUGUCCUCAAGCGGUACGAAUGCGUCAGCUGCUCCUGUGCCUACACCAGCACCAACCGGCAAUGUGACCAACGUCAGGGUAAACACCAGCUUCGUAAUCUCCAACACAAACGGACUGACAUCUCUUGAUGUGAGCCUACCCGAGAAUGCCAUGGUAUUGAACCAGGGAUACACUGACUUUGUACAACAACUUGUCGCUGACGUUGAAAAAUCGCAACAACGACGCUUGCGCGGCAGUCCGCAAGAUAGAAGGCUAAGCGCGUCCUUGGAUGCUGGAUCCCGGCCUUCAUUGUAUGGGGUACACGACAUGACUUGUCCAACAGGUCAGACACCUCCCAUCCCUGACAACGCCGCCUGCCAGACUGUGUACGGCCGCUACGAUUUGAUCGUCAGCGAUGAAGAUCCGAUCGCUGUUCAUGCCAAGUAUGAAGACGAAACAGCAAAGGCGAUAGACGAAGGAAAACUUCAGAGCAGUUUGGAUGCCGCAGCCUCUGACUCUCCAUUCACUGUCAUUGGUGCUGCAAAGACGGCUGAUGACCAAAGCACUGAAGUGCCAACUGCUGACGACGGGAACAAGAUGGAGUGGUGGAUGAUUCUUAUAAUUGUGCUGGCGUCUGUCUCGGGUUGCUGCUGCAUGGGAGUCGCAUUAGCAUUCUUCAUGUUGAGUUCAAGGAAAAAGGACCAAGAUCUGGAGAAGCUUGUGGUCGCAGAUGAAGGGUUAGGGCCGUCGCCAACACCAAAUGGUCCUGUAACUGUUGUGGAACUGGAGGAUGGAUUGUUUGAUGACAGCGACGCAGAGGACGAAGACCCCCAUAUCUCGGAGGAACGCGACAACGAUUCCUGGAAGGAGGAUGAUUCGACUGUGAAUGAAAUUCAUGAAGACCCGAGCGAGCAUACUGACAGUGAUUCAGAAUGGGAAGAAUCCGGAGACAGCGAUUCAGAAGACGGCAGCGAUGAUGGGUUGGAGCGAUCUCCGCUUUACCCCUUACCGAAGAGCGUUAUUCACGAUGAUUCGGAUGAUGACGACACGGAGAAGAUGGAAGCGCAACCAUUCUGGGAUGAUGCUGACUCAAGUCGUGACGAAUGGCUUGGCGAUGAUGCAACGGUGCAAGUUGAGGAGAGCGUCGCUGGCGCCGUUGACGAGGAAAGUGACUAUGAUGACACGUGGGAGCAUGAGAACGAAGACGGAAAGAAAGAUGAUGAGGAGCAGGACAAUAUCGUGGCCGAAGCUGACCCGUUGUUGAGAGAGAACUUUGCGGAGGAUCCUCCAAUUGCAGCAAGCAACGGCGAUCCUCCGACGGGAAAUUCUGGUGAGACUGUUUAUUCGGUCGAAAUUCCUUCAGUCUCACCGUCAGGGGUUGAACCCGAAGAAUCUGUUCCCUCGGACAACAGCAGUAGAAGUGACCAAAAAGAGGGCGGCUGGGAAGACGACUCUGAUUCGGUAAUCGACGAUGCUGGUGAAUCUCUCUUUGAUCCGAAGAACGAAGCCCCGUCGAUGUCACUGGCCUUGGGCGAUGCAGGCUCUGAUUCUGAGACGGGUCCUCGAGAAUCAGAGAAUGUUCGCGCGCCAAUGAUGGCGGAUCCUCUUGAUGACGAGAGUGCCGCAGCGUCUGGAAUCGACGAAGUGGGUGCCGCUCAGCCGAUGGCCCCCCUUAAUGAUGCGGGUUCAGGAGUGUUAUCGGAUGCAGACGAAUGCAUGGAGGAAUUGCUCUCGGCCAACGCGGAUAGGAGUUUGCGAAACGAUGACGAUAAUGUUUCCUGCGUCUACGCAACGUCUGAUGAUCAUUCAUGCGACGGUGGCGAUGAAUGGGAAGACGAGAUGACAGACGGGGGCAACGACGAUGAAGUGACCACUCACGCCGAAGAACGAUCCAAUCAUCCAUCUAUUGGGGGAGGGACUGCCAGUCAUGCCGAAAAUGGCGGCUUGGAAGGAACACCAGCUCUGACAACUGGUGCAGCAUCUAGUUCUACAACACGAGCAUCAACGGUUUCUGCCAGCAACUACCACAGCCGUUUCCUGGAAUCAGAUUCUUCAGAAGAUGAGUGGGAAGAUGAAGAGGAAAAUAGCAAGGAAUGA